CACCGUUGGGCCCAAUAUUACAAACCCUAAUCCCAUUCAUCACCUCUUCAACGGAAUGCAUGCUAUAAAAACGGAGCAGUGGAGGAGGGAAGCAUCAUUCGUCACUCUAGGGGGUAUGGACUUUAAAGAGGCUGUUAAGGACAAAGACCAUUGGGAUGGGACUCUCUCUUUAAAUGAUUUUUCCCUUUCUGCUUCUACAUUCUCUGACAAGUGGAAAAUGUUCAAUCCUUCCUUUCCACCAUGGCUGUGGACUCCUUGGCCAAAACAUCGUUUGAGUUCUUCUCAUAAGGAAGGAUACUUAUCACUGGAGAAUGUGUGCCUUGUAAAAUCACAUGAGAAAGAGAAAGAAGAAUGCAACAUAAGUCUGACAUGCAAAGAAGUGAGCAACAUCUCACAUAGAGAAGAAGAGCCCUUUGAUCAUGCAACUUUAGUUUGUCCUGGGUAUGAAGUAAACCACUAUGAUUUUCACAUUGUCUACAGUCCUUCAUUUAGGGUUCCAGUGUUGUACUUCCGGUCAUACCACAGUGAUGGACAACCUUUGCCGUUCAGUGAAAUUGAAAAGGACCUUCCUGGUCAUUCUGCAGAGUUGCUACUGGAAUCCAAAUGGACAUUUAUAACUCAAGAAGAACACCCAUAUUUGAAUAGGCCAUGGUACAAGUUACAUCCAUGUGGGACAACCGACUGGAUGAAAUUGCUCUGCAAUAACAAUACAUCUUUGAACAAAAACUUUAUUGAACAAUAUCUGGUUUCUUGGUUCUCAGUUGUCGGGCAAGUGGUUGGUCUUAAAACUCCGUUGGGAAUGCUCGAUACUGUCGUUUCAAAUGAAUCUUAGACGCGCAGCACACAUGCUUACUAGAGAAUGAAACAAUGGAAAAGAGAGAGAAAAAAGUUUCUCAUCAUUUGUAAGAUGUUGUCCCAACAUUAUGUGAUGGAGGAAGGGAUGUGUUUGCUGUUGUCAAUGGUAGAAAUGCAGGAGAAAAACUUGUGGAGAAGUUGAGACCUGUUUCUAGUAGAAAUUAGUGGAAUUCACUCCUUCUAUGUUGAAUACAUGAAAUAUUGUCAUUUGUCAUACCAGGAUACAAUUAAAUGGAACUCACUUCCAACACAUCUGUAUAUAUUUUUAGGAACUCCUUUGAAGAACCAACUUGCAUAUACUUGUUAAGAAAUAAAAACUGAUUUUUAAGAACAAA